ACCGCCAGAACACCUUCUCGCCGUUGAUGCUUAUCAUCCGUUAAAGUCCUCUCAUUUUCUACAACCGAUCUUAUCUACAUCCACGACCAUAGACAGAAAGUGGGACUACCGCUCGGAACCAAGCCCAAAACCUCACUGCUCGUACCGCGGGAUCACAUCACGGCCACCGAGAACAGUACAAUUGCACUGCUUCUCUCCUUCUCUCCCUAUCCGCACCGCAACAAUUCUCCGCUCGCAAUGAUGCUCGCGACGCAGCCUGUAUAUCAGCAGCAGCAGCAGCAGCAGCAGCAGCAGCAAGAACACCAAUUUUCGAAUCCAAUUCACACCACCGCAACCGCACCAUUUGCCCGGACGCACUCGCACUGCAGCACACCCACGCGUCCCUCACCACUCUCUCCUCGCCGUCACCACUCUUCACCAUUCUCAUCCUCCUCAACAAUGACCACCCCCAGCACUCCCAACACCAGCAACAACAACAACAACAACAACAACCGCAACCUCUUCUCCAGCCCACUGGCCAACACCGCCAACGCCGGCGCAGCACCUACCGACCCCGAAACCCCAUUAACAACCUUCCUCCCCUCCUCCCCACUCCAACCAGACGCAUCAUCAGCAUCCUACUUCGGAUCGCCAGUCCAAAAACCAUUCUUCGCUGCCACCACGACCGCGGGCCCGCUCUUCUCCUUCGACCCCGACAACACGAAGGAAACAACAACAAGCCCGAUCGCAUCCUCCACCAACAACCCCUCCCGCUUCGCCACCCGCUACGCGGCCCAGAUCGCCAACCCGCUCGCCAACGCCGCCGCCCGAUCCACCAGACCCUACACGGGGACCUCGGCCUCGCCGGCGGCGCGCACCACCCGGCGCAACGCGUUCCUGAACCGCGUGAAGCGGGACCGUGCGGACGGGCGCUUCGAGAACCGCGGCGAGCAGCUGGUGCUGCUGGAGCAUGUGGCGGAGCAGAAGCGGUGGGGGGAGGCGAUGCGGCGGUCGGCGGUGAGUGAGUUUGGGCUCGGGUUGGAUGGGUUGGUGGAGGAGGAGGAAGCCGAAAGGGAUGAUGAGGGUGAAAGUGAAGGUGCGGAGAUGGAUGCGCUGGAUCAUUAUCUUUUGGAGCAGGAGCGGGGUGCCUUUGCUGCUGAGGAGAUGGGGGUGGAGAGGGGGUACGAUGCCCCGGGCUCGGGCUCGGGCUCGUUUAGUGAUGAGGAUUAUGAUGAUAUCUUUAUGGAGUUGGUGGGGGAGACGGGGAUGGAGGAGUUUGCGCAUAGUCAGGAGAUGGAUAUGUCGUGAUUCUUUGGGGUGGGAUUCGAGUGUAGUGUUCUGAGGGAGUGGUUGUCUGGUUCCGGAUGUCGCUGGUCGACUUCGGGGCUGAUGGAGACUUGUAUCAUGGACUGCUUGGGCGUUUGCUGGAGGUUGGACUUAGGAGUUAUGUAUAUAUACUGUAUGAGACCAGUAGAUGAUGGUUGCAGGCUCUGGGUAAAUAAUGUAUGAUUCAAUGGCAUGGAC